AUGGAGCUCGAAUUAGGAUUGAAAAUCACGAGAACGAGAGAGGAUGUAUCAUCUUCCGUCGAUUUUCGUUUCUCCAAAGACCCAUUUGGUCCUCUAGUGCUUUCUCAAGAAACCGAUUCAAGAUUCAUCAUCAUCAUUCAUCUAAAAGGAUUCAAAAAGAAAGGUAUUGAGAUUGAGAUAAACAAAGAGGGGAAUCGGAUUACGAUAAGAGGAAGAAAACCUGUUGAAGAAAUGGUUUUGAUUAGAUGGAUGGCAUGGAAGAGAGAAGUUGAAUUAAGGGCAUUCAGGAAAGUUUUCCUGAUUCCAGAUGUUGUUGAUUUAGACAUGAUCAAAGCCAGAUUUGACGAUAAUGAUGCGACUCUUACCAUCACAAUGCCCAAAAGAGUAAAGGGGAUUUCAGGAUUUAAACUUGAGCAAGAAGGAGAAGAAGAAAGAGUGGACUCUGGAGAUAAUGAAGUUUCUGACGGUGAAGAAAAGGGUUUCAGUGGAGGUCUGUGUGAAGAAAAAACUCAAACUGAGGAUGAUAACUUAGAAAAGAUUCAGCAGAUCAUUGAACAAGACAAGAUUUUGGAAUUCGCAGAAGAAGCAACAGUUGGUCAACAAGAUUUGGCUGAUUCAAAUACAGAGAGGGAGGACAGUAGCUUAAGAAAUCUUCCAGACAUUGUAGAACAAGGAAAUAAGGAAGACGUGAUGGAGAAGCAAGUUUCACAAGUAGAGACUAAAAGUGAUGACGUUGAAUCUACAGCAUUUGAGGAGAUUGAAGAACAAGAACCUGAUGAGGAGCUAAAUAGAACAAGUAAAAUCAGAGAAAUGGAAAAGAAAACGACUGAUGGUAAUGAUGAUGAUGAUGAUGGCUUGAACAAGGUUCAAGGGGAUGAAGAACCAGAGAGACACAACGAAGAAAGUGAAACAGGUGGUCAAGAGAAAGAAAAUAUUGUAAUGAUGGAGAGGAAAAAUAAGGAUGCGAAAGAAGAGGUUGAUAUGAAAAUGGGAGAAGGAUUCAGACCAAACAUUGAGAGAACACGAGUGAUUGGAGAAGAUGACAUUGCAGAAACUGAGACAAAAGCUGAGGAGUUUGAAUCAGAUAAACUGGUAGAGAAGAAAGAAGAUAAAGAAGAACAACAUUCUAAAGGAAAAAAACGACAAGAGAAAACUCCAGAGGCAGAGGCAAAUAUAGGGGAUGAUAAUCCGAAACCAGUUCAAGAGAGAUGUGAAGGAAAACACAAGACUCAAGAAAAUUCCCAUGAGGAAACAAAUAAUCAGCAAGAAGAGUACGUAGAGAAAACUGUAGAGACGGGGAAAAAGAUUAAUGAAUUUGGUGCAAGAAAGGUUCAAGAGUUGGAGGAACCUGCAAGAUGCGAUAAAGAAAGCAAGACCCGUGAAUUGGUGAAAAGCAAAAUAAAUAAUGAAGAGGAAGAGGAGAAAAAUAUUGCAGAAACGGAAAUAACAGAGGAGAAAGAACCAUAUAGACCAAAAAUGCUCGGUGAACAAGAAAUGCUCCAAGAACUAACUGAUGAGAAGAGGCAGUUUUUCGAAAAAUGGAAAACUCAAGGGAGGGAAGAAAAAAUUGCAGAUAAGGAAACAGAAUUUGGUGAUGAUGGUUUCAGAAAUGUCCGAGAUAUUGACCAACGAGAAUCAGAUGCCAAAGAUGAUUUUGACAUGGAAGAAAAUGAGAACAACAAGAAAAAGAAAACGAAUCUGAAGGGAGAGGGACAAACGAAUAUAUCAAAGAGACGACCAGUGGAACAAGAAAAAGUCCAACAACUGAAGAAGGUGGAGCGAGAAGAUGAAGAAAAAGCAGAGGUGGAGACAAAAGCCAACAAUGGUAAAUCAAGAAAGUUUGAAAAGGUGGAAUUGGAUGAAUCGGAAGAGAAUGAGGAACUGAGGAAGAGCCCUAAACCAGUGAAAGAGAAAACAAAUCCUCCUAAAAAAGAAUCAGAAGGAAAUGAGAAAAAUGCAGAAGAGGAGAUGCAAGAUAAGAUUAGCAGCAGAACUAAGGACCAAGAGAUUCUAGAAAACGGAGAGCAUGACAAGAUUCCAGAAGAGGAGAAGGGGAUGGCCGAUAUAGAAAGUGAAGAGAUGAAGAGAGUAGCUGAUGAUGUUAGCUCAAGAAAUGUUGAGAAAAUUAAAGCACAAGAAUCAGAUGAAUUAGAGAAACAGAAGAAACUAAGUGAGAUCCAAGAAAAUCAAUCAGUGGAAGAAAAUUUACAGGGAUACGGAGAAGAAGAAAUGAAUGAAGGAGGAGGAUAUAAGACAGUUCUCAAGAAAAAAUCUAUGGAAGCUUCAAGCCAGUCUCAUGAUGUUGAAGAAAUAGGAUCAGAUCAGACAGAGAGAUAUGCAGAACAAGAACAAAUCCAAGAACUAACGGCUGAAGAGGGCGGAAAAGAAGAAUAUCAUAUAAGAGAAGGAGAGCAUAAGGAGAAGGCGAUGAGAAGUCUGCAGGUGAAGUCGAAAGCUACUGAUGAUAGCUCAAAAAAGAAUGAGACUGAAGGACACGAAACAACUACAUUGGGAGGGGGAAAGAAAAAAGAAAAUAAUCAAGAAGUGGUGGAAAUAGAAACAAGUGAUCAGAGGAGAGAAGAAGAAAAGGAAGAGGUUGUUGAGAAAGCAGAGGCAAUAGAUGAAUAUGAUAGCUCAAGGAAGAUUGAAGAACAAAAGCCAGAUAAACUUGAAAAAAUUGGAGUAGUAGUGAUGAGCGGAAAACAUGCAGAAGCGGAAAUAAACAAUAAUAAAGAAGGAAACAGAGCAGGGGCAGAGACAAAAAUCAGGGAUGGUGGCUUUGAAGAAGAAAAAGAAGAAUUAGCAAUUGUGGUGAGACAGAAAGAACAAGACAAGAAGCAAUCGUUUGUGGAGAAGGACACAAGUGGUAAAGCAAAACAGAAUAAGACUCAAGAGGCAACGAAUAACCUUAAAGAUGAAGAAACCGCAAAGACAGAAACAAAAAGCAGGGAUAAUGAUUCAAGAAAGAUUCAUCAGACCAAAGAAAAAGAAACAGGUGAAGAAGAAAGGAUCAAAGAAUUGUUGGAAGACAGAACACAUUGUUGCAGAGGAAAACAGAACAGAGAAAAUGAGUUUGAAGAUGGCAGCUCGAAAAAUAUUCAAGAGAUAGGAAAAGGAGAAUCAAUCGAACCAGGAAGAAAUGAGAAACCAGACGAGAUCCAAGAACCGGUGGAUACAAACACAAGUGAAGAUGACGAAGAAGAGUUAGAAGUUGAAUAUGAAGAGUCAGAAGAAGAUUGGGAAGCUGAAGUGAUUCAAGAGAUGGAUUCAGAUGAAGAUAAUGAUAAAAUCAGACAAAUAAGAAGAAUCAAACUAGGAUUCGGGUUAGUUGCAGGAUCAGCAUUGUUUAUGUCACUCAUAGUCAUUGUUAUUCGUUUUGUUCGUUCCAAGAGAAAAAUAAGAUGUUACAAGUUCUAACCAAA